AGAGACUUGUUCCUAAACGGAGACGGACGGUUAAACUGAUCGAGGUUCGGCUUCCUUUAUAUAUAUGACCCCUCCCUUUUUCUUUCCCCAGUUUCAUGAAUUCUUCAAACUGAUCGAUCUUUUAGCUUCCAUCUUACGUGAAGUUGACUAGAGAUUUCCAGUUUAAGGUUACUGCUGCAGUUUGUGAGUGCUACUACUUUGAUUCUUCUCAGAUAACAGUGAGAGAUGAGUCAGAAAGGCCUAAUAUAUAGCUUUGUUGCUAAAGGAACUGUUGUUUUAGCAGAACACACAUCAUUCUCAGGGAAUUUUAGUACCAUUGCUGUUCAAUGCUUACAGAGAUUGCCUUCUAAUAGCAGCAAGUGCACAUACUCAUGUGAUGGGCAUACAUUCAACUUUCUUCUUGACAGUGGAUUUGUUUUUCUGGCUGUUGCGGAUGAAUCAGUUGGAAGGAAUAUGCCAUUUGUAUUUCUUGAGCGUGUGAAAGAUGACUUUAAACAGCGUUAUGGUUCAAGUAUCAAGGAUGAGAACCCUCACCCACUUGCAGAUGAUGAGGAUGAUGAUGAUUUAUUUCUAGACCGAUUCAGUGUUGCAUACACUCUUGACAGAGAAUUUGGGCCAAGGCUUAAGGAGCACAUGCAGUACUGCAUGAACCACCCAGAAGAAAUGAGUAAACUUUCCAAGCUGAAGGCUCAAAUAACAGAGGUGAAAGGAAUUAUGAUGGAUAACAUUGAAAAGGUUUUGGAUCGUGGUGAACGGAUCGAGCUUCUGGUGGACAAAACAGAAAACCUACAAUUUCAGGCUGAUAACUUUCAUCGACAAGGAAGGCAACUUCGCCGAAAAAUGUGGCUUCAGAGUUUACAAAUGAAGCUGAUGGUUGGGGGAGGAAUCUUGAUCUUGAUCAUCAUACUUUGGUUUAUUGUAUGCGGUGGUUUCAAAUGUUGAUUUGGUAAAGUUAGUAACAGACGAGUGUUUUCAGUUGGCUAUGUAUGCAAGGAAACUGUUACCAAAUCUAUAUAUAUAUGAUAUGCCUUGUCUCUUAUUCUAAUUUGUAAUUAGCAUUCUAUAAUUAAAUCACCUGUUAUUUUUUUUUU